AUGCAAACAACUUUAGAUGAUAUGUCACAACCUGUGACUGAAUCGUAUUUACACCUAUCGCAGGACGCGACAACCACAGACUUGAGUAGCACAUCCUUCAGCAGUAACAACGUUGAUACGACACGAUUGUUGAGGCUAGCGAAAGAUAUGGACAAGCUGUUGAGAUUGUCGGAUGAUUCAAAUCAGAAGAGAUUUAAGGCAAAGCCUUCGCAAAUGUACUUUUCAUCUCACUCAACCCCAUUAGCACCAAAGAACCAGAUCUUGUAUCCGGAAGAAAAAGAAUUUGAAGAAGCUUCUAAUAAGCAAAAAUAUACCUUAAACGACAUAUGUGAAUCUGUACGUCCACUUUUAAGUAGCGAGUUAAAUGAAGUCAAGGAAAUCAAAACACUUUUAGAAUCUCUCUUGAAGCAAAACAAUAAGUUCAAUGAGACUGAUUACGAUAUAAGUUAUUUACCGAAGAGAUUUAAAAACGAAUAUAAUAGUAAUGAAAACGAGAAGAUCGAAUUACUACAUAAAGAAAUUGAGUUUUUAAAGAAAGAAACAGACGAAUUAAAGCGAGAAAAUUUGAAUUUAAAAAUUCACGUUAACGAUCUUGAAAUAAAAGCUAACGAUUCAAAAGGCAGACUCCACGAAACCAUAAAUCCAAAUAUUACGAGGUUUAUGGAUUCUAAUGAAAACGGACAGCUUCCAAGCGAGCUGAUCAAUAGCUUGAAGGCAUUAAAUAAUAUUUUGACUUCUAAGUUGGAAAGAUCGAAAGCCAAUAAUAGGGAACUAAUCAACGAGGUUGACUGGUUGAAAGAACAACUCAAAUCACCACUUGCUUUCAAUAAGGAAAAAAGCGAUUUUUCUGAUCCCCAUAAAGAAGAACUAGAAGCAGAAGUACUACUCUUACGAAAAGAAAUUGGAAAAAAGCUGCAGCUAAUAGAUGAGGAGACGGUUAGCAGGGAAUUCCAAGGUUACUAUUCCAAGCUACAACUUUAUAAGAUUGACCGAUUGUCUAAGGUUGAAAUGUCUAAUUUAAUCAAAAAUAUGAUGCUAUCACUAUUAAUGAGUGAUUAUGACAAUCUUCCUUAUAAUGCAGUCAAAUAUGGGAAAUUUUUGAAAUUGUCCAUGAACUUCUUGGAUACUCUUCAUUCUGUGAUAUAUAAAGAUCAAAACGUUAUUAUCACACCAUCUUCAUACCUAAGAAACCCUGAGCUAGAUGACGAGAACCUAAAUAAUUUGCUGACUUGCUUACAAGGGCUAUUAUCUACAUGCACUGCUCUCAAUAACUCUUAA